UCUUGUUGGCUGCGAAACAUUGUUUAUAAAUGACUGAACUUUUUAUUAUUCAGCUGAUAUAAUUAUCAGUUCUUUAUAUUUACAAAUUUAAAUGGCUGCUUCUCAGAAUCCAUUGUGUACGGAUGAGGAAUUGUUGCAGGAACUAAAAACAUUAGGCUAUGAAAAUGUUUCUCCUGAUAUAUUUCAGAUGAUGAAAAACGAUCUUGCAGAACUAGUGGCCGAAAAAAAGCAGUCUGCUAACAUUUUACCCAAAACCUCCGCUGAUAAACCGCCUUCUCCUCCUGUUUCUGAAAAACCUUCCAUUUUACUUCCGAAUAAGAAGAGUAUUGGUAAAUUACCAAAAACAUUAAAUCUUUAUUCUAGAAGAUUGCGUGCCAAUUUAUCUGAUAAUCCAGAAGCUAUUUCACCAGAUUCCAACAAAGAAAUUCCAGUAGCCGAUAUCUCUGAUAGUAAAUAUAAAACUGUAAAUGGGUAUGAAGUUAAUAAAAAUUCUUUUAAAAUUAUUGGCCAAAUUUCUGCUUUGAAUAGUGACAGCGAAAGUUCAGAUUUUAAUAAAAAUACCUUACCAACUACUUUGAAUAAAGGAUGCAGAACAAUCAAAAGGAAGGUUUUAAGACACAGAGAUGGCAAACCAUUCAUAACUGAACAAAUACUAGCAAUACCGAGUAUAUUUGACACAUCUUACCCAGAGACUGAAAGUUUUGAGAAUAGCAAAUCAUUUUCAAGUGAUGAUUUGUCAUGGAAGUCCAACAGCUCUACUGGAAGUUUGUCUCCUCAGACAACAAAUUUCCUUACUCCAUCACAAUCAACUUGCUCACUAUUAUCAUCUCGUUCAACUAUUUCUCGAUUGCCUACUGUGCACAAAAAGAAGAAUGAUCCUGUCGCUAUGUAUAACUACUACAAGAAAUACUGGGACAAUUUUAAGCCACCUGGUGAAAGAAGACAUGAUCAGUUAAGAUGGGCUGUUCGAGAUAAAAUGUUGGAGUAUAAUUUGUAAUUUAUUAUUUAACUUUUUAUCUUCUAAUUUAGCUGUAUAUUUAUUGUGUUUUAGACUUUAAAUAAUUGAGGAAAAUGUAUUUUUCCUUUCUUAUAAAUUUAUUAAGCUGUCAAAUGUUGGUUUUACAUCAUGUAUUAUUUCAUAAUUAAUAGUGUUAAGGAAAUUGUCAUUAUAUAUAGAGAGAGUGGGGUCUGUGAAACUUUGAAAUACUCAGUAGAAAUUUUUUAAUUUCAUUUAUGUGUUUUAAUUAUCUUCUCAGUUUAUAAAUUUUGAUUUGUAUGUGUAAGGAUUUUAAAUUGAAAAUAGACAUGCAUGUAUAAAC